AUGUCUGAUCCCUCCUCCUCCUCUUCCUCUUCCUCUUCCUCUUCCUCUUCCUCUUCCUCUUCCUCUUCCUCUUCCUCUUCCUCUUCCUCUUCCUCUUCCUCUUUAUCUUCAUCUUCACGAACCUCAUCAAGAAGAAGCUACACUCCUCAAGUCAGAUCACUUAUCACUGAAUUUGCUCGCCGCAAUCCAACAAACGUUGCCAUUUCAAACGAGCUUUUCAGGCUCACAGGUGUACGAGUUGCACAAGCAACAUACACCACCUGGUUACUUGAUUCAGGAGUUAGCAUUCGGAAAAUCAAGAAAAGUUUCAAAAAAAAUUGCAAAAAUAGUAGCAAGAAAUUACCAAAAACCCCACUAAGACUAAGGAAAAUCAAAAAACAAAAAUCUUCCAAAGCACAACAACAAAGCACAGUUUUAAAAGCUACUACUUCUACAAACAACUCUCUUUCCAUUAAUAAAUCUAAACAACAACCCCAGAUUAAAACAGAAGGAGAAGAAAAAAAAGAAAAAAAAGAAGAAGAAGAAGAAGAAGAAGAAUAUUUAGAAGAUAAAAAAGAUAAAGAAGUUAAAGAAGUUAAAGAAGAUAAAGAAGAUGAAAAAGUUAAAAAACCGACGCUGGUCGACGGGUCUUUUUCAAAAAAUGAUGAAUCCAAUACUUGGGAAUCAGCCCAAAAAGUUAUUCAAUCUCCACUUAUUUGUUUUGAUCCUUCAAUUCUAAAGAGAUCAACCCCCCAUCUUAAUCACCAACAACAACAACAUUUGGCAACAACUCCUAUUCAAUCCACCUUUUUUUCUCCUCCACAAUCCCCCUCCUCUUCUUCCUUUUUGGAUCUAAGUCAAAUUCCUUCAAAUACUUUUUCAGAAUUAUCAACAACAUCACCUAUAUUUUCUCCCAUUUCACCAAGCAUUAUACCAACUUCAAGAAUUAUGGCCUUACCUUUUGAAAAUCCUCAAUGGGAUGACGAGGACCUUAGAUUGUUAGAACAAGUGGAGAAUUUCCCAGAUAAUAACAGUGAUUAUCAACCAUUUGGUGACAACAAUGAUGACGACAAUGACCAAAAUGAUAAUGAUAACAACAACAAUAAUAAUAGUAAUAAUAACAAUAAUGAUGAUGAUGACAAUAACAAUGAUAAUAUUAAUGAUAAUAAUACUGCUACUUCUGAGAAUCCUAAUCCUAAUCCUAAUCCCAAUAAUGAUAAUGAUAAUGAUGAUAUUAACAAUGAUGAAAAUAAUAAUAAUAAUAAUAAUAAUAAUGAUACUCUUUCUACCAACGAUCCAAUCAAUGAAUCAUCAUUCAAUCAACCUCUUUACGAAUCAAACCCAGAUAGUCCAUAUGAUGUACCUACUUUUGUGGCCCAAAUUCUUACCAAUGAUAUGUCCACACUCGGUGCAACUUCUAGAAACGUUCAGCCCAUUUUUGUUUCUUCUUCUUAUUCUUCUUCUCUCUCACUAAGAGAAUCUGCACAGCCCACCGCCACUACAACCACUACAAACUCAGCCUCUUCACAAUUUACCCAAGUCCCUGCCCUCCACAUCGAAACAACUUUCCUCGAUUCAUCUUCAACCACACACUUCCAUAGCCCCUAUUUCUCUUAUCAAAACCCUGCCACUGAAGAUGAUGCUGACUCUUUGAACUUGUUAUCUCCACACUCCCAAUCUUCUCCCAUAUGCAUUCCAGGCCAUUCCUUGUCAAGGCAUUUUAAUGGUAUUAACACAAAUGAUUUGGUGUCACCUUCCUCUGGCUCACCAUUUUCUUAUACUUCUUCCUUUGCUACAAAUCCUCUCACUGGUUUACCCUCUUAUUCUAGUGUACCUCCGGUUCACACUGGUCUGGGCAGUUAUUCCACUAGUCCUAUAUUUAACAAUGGUAUUGGUAAUAUUGGUAAUAUUGGUGGAGGUAGUAGUGGUAGAGGUAGUGGUGGUGAUGAGUUACCUUUAUCACACAACAACCAUCCUUAUAUGAAAAUUUCCACUGCUACUGCUGCUACCACAGAAACAGAGGCUACAUCUCCACUUGCUUCUCAGUCAUUUGCUCAAGAAUUAGCCCAAGAACCUUUGUCUUUCACAUCAUUUGUUUUCACUGACGAGCAAUUCCAUUCGCUACAAUUUUACAAGGGAUAA